UAGAUGCAUCAACCUAGAUACUAUUGUCUUCUAGGUCAAGAAGAGGAGAGAAACAGUUGUUUUCUCUGUGAUUGUCUCAAGAUGCCAGAAUCUCUCCUUAUUUUUGUGGCCCAGGGAGUGCUGAAGAAGGUGGCUUUACUUGCGGCUCAAGAAUUCAUGCUUGCCUGGGGAUUCAAAGCAGAACUAACCAGGCUCAGUCACUCAUUAUCCGUGAUUCAGGAUUUCUUAUGUGGUGCUGUUGAUCAUCAACCAGAAGAUCGGGGCAUGGCAGUGGAAGACUGGGUGAAGAAGCUGAAAGACUUGGCUCAUGAAGCCGAUGAGGUAUUGGACGAAAUCAACUAUGAAGUUCUCCGGCGUAAAGUAGAACUACAAAACCAAAUGAAGAAAAAGGUACUCAACUUCCUUUCUGCCUCCAAUCCCAUUUUAUUUCGUCUUAAAAUGACACAAAAAAUUAAGAACAUCAACGCAUCUUUGGUGGAUCUCAAAAGUGAGGCAACUUUCAUUGGACUAGUUUCAAAGAAGCACAUAGAUGCAAUCCCUCAAGGAUCACGGCUCGACAGAGAAACCGAUUCAUUCUUUGAGAAGGAUGAAAAGAUCAUUGGAAGGGGGGAACAUGUGUCAACGAUAAUUGAGUCCUUGAUCAACCCGAACAAUCAUGAAAAUCUUUCGGUUAUGGCGAUUGUGGGAAUGCCAGGAAUAGGAAAGACAACUCUGGCCAAGUCGAUAUUCAACCAACCUGGUAUCAGUUCAUAUUUUGAUAAGAGAAUGUGGGUGAGCGUAUCCAACACCUUUGAGGUCAAUUCGAUUUUAAGUCAGAUCUUGGAACUACUUGAUUCAACGAAGGCCGGUAUAACAAGUAGGGAGGCAUUGCUUCAAAACCUCCGAGAAAAGUUGACAGGUAAAAGACAUUUUCUUGUACUCGAUGAUGUUUGGAAUGAAGAUCCUCAGAAGUGGAGCGUGUUGAAGAAUUGUUUGUCAAAACUUGAUUUUGCCCCGGGAAGCACCAUUGUUGUCACUACCCGUAGUGCCAAAGUUGCAUCCAUUGCGGAAACACUUCCUAGAUGCAAUUUGCAAAAGCUAACAGAAGAUGAAUGCUGGACCAUAUUGAAAAAUAGAGCAUUUCUAGAUGGUAGUGCUCCAAUAUCUGUUGAUCUAGAAAGACUUGGAAGGGAAAUUGCCAGAAAGUGUGCAGGAGUCCCAUUAGUGGCAAAGGUUUCUGGAAGCAUGUUGCGUUCUAAACAUAGUAAAGCCGAAUGGUUGUCAAUUAAAGAAAGCAGAAUAUGGGACUUGCAAGAAGAAGAAGAUAGAAUCAUGUCUGUCUUAAAGCUGAGCUUUGAUAAUUUGAAAUCUACAUCUUUAAAACAAUGUUUUGCAUAUUGCUCGAUAUUUGUGAAAGAUUUAGAAAUAGAAAGAGAUAACUUGAUCCAACUGUGGAUGGCUGAGGGAUUGCUCCAUCCUUCUCCGGAUAAUAUUGAUGCAGAGAUGGAGGAUGUAGGCAAUGAUCAUUUCAACACUCUAUUGGAAAGCUCCUUAUUUCAAGAUGCUACAAGGGAUGACUAUGGCCUUAUUACCAAAUGCAAGAUGCAUGAUCUCGUGCACAAUCUUGCGGAAGAAGUAUUCAAAUCUGAGUGCUUGAUCCGGGACUUCAAUGAGAUAGAUAGUGAACAUACGAUACGACAUGUUGCAAAGAUUCCUACUUCAUCAGUAGAAAGAUUGCCAGAAGGAAGUAUUAGCAGAUUCCGUUCACUGUUUUUGAAUGACAAGGUCCGUAAUAGCCUCUAUGAAAGGCUUAGAGAUUUACGCAUCUUAAACUUAUAUGAGGCUAAUAUUCAGGAGUUACCAAGUUCAAUUGGCAAGUUGAAACACUUGAGGUAUUUAGACGUCUCCAAAACAAGAAUCAAAGCACUCCCCACAUCUAUUGGCAUGCUCUAUAACCUUCAGACUUUAAGAGCAAGGCAUUGUGCUCUUAAAGAGUUUCCGAAAGAAGUACAAAACUUGAUCAACUUGCGACAUCUUUACUUCAGUGGGUAUAAUGAAAUUCCAGUUGGGAUGGGGCGAUUGACUCGUCUCCAAACAGUAUCCUGCUUUACGGUGGGCAAAAAGAAGGGUCAUAGAUGUGAGGAGUUGGCUAGCUUGAAUGAGUUGAAAGGCCAGUUAAUUAUAUAUAGUCUUGAGCAUGUACGGGAUAGGGAAGAAGCUGAGAAAGCAAAACUGAAGGAGAAGAAAAAUUUGCGAAAGUUGAGAUUUGUAUGGACAGAAAGUAGGCAGAUGAACAACAGUCAUGAGGAUGUACUUGAAGGCCUCCAACCGCAUCCUAACUUGGAAAGCUUGGAGAUCGAUUGUUUCAGGGGUGAUAAUUUUCCAUCAUGGAUGAUGACUAGGUCGUUGCAGCUGAACAAUUUGAAGAAUAUUCGCUUACGCAACUGCAACAGAUGUGAAGAAGUCCCAAUACUCGGACACCUAUCAAAUCUAAAGCAUCUUGUCAUUACUAAUUUGAGGAACUUGAAAUGUUUGGGAAUUGAGUUUUAUGGUAAUUAUUAUGUUAGCGAUGCAGCUGCUGCAAGUAUGGAGCCAAUUAUAUUAUUUCCAGCAUUGAAAACACUAAGUAUUGGUAACUGCUAUCAGCUAAGUGAAUGGAUGGAAGCAUGGAUGAUGCCAUCAGGAAAAGUAGUCGUUUUUCCUUGCCUUGAGGAACUAUCUGUAACAUAUUGUCGCAAGUUGAUAAACGCUCCAAGUCAUUUUCCCUCUCUCAAGAAAUUGAUGAUAUCAUACGUUGAUGAUGAUAGGCCAGUAGCAAGUAUAAGCGGCAACCUUACCACUCUCACUUCUCUCUUUCUGAAUGAUAUUCCGGGGCUUACUACUCUGCCAGGAAGGAUGUGGAAGAACAACAAGAAUCUCACAUCUUUAUACAUUGUAGGUUGUGCUAACUUGACUUGUAUUGCUCCUAAUGUAAUUGGCUGUUGCGCAUCUCUUCGGGUAGUGUAUGUUAGUGGUUGUGAAAAGCUGAGGCAUCUACCUGACGGUUUAGACACCCUCCCUCUCGAGGAGUUGAAGUUACUCAAAUGUCCUAAUUUGGAGUUCAUUCCAAUUAAUCACGGCCUCACAUCUCUGCGCACGUUGGAGGUAAAAAAUUGUAAUGGUUUGUCAAGACUACCGAGUGGGCUUCAAUAUUGCACGUCUGUUCAGGAACUCUCUAUAGGGAGCUGCUCUAGUCUACCAUCUCUUCCAUUUGAAGAAGUCAUGCCAUCACUACGCGAAUUGAAAGUGGUGCAAUGUGAGGAACUAUCAAGCCUACCUGCUCUAGAAUGUUUUCGUGCUAUUCGGCAUUUGACAAUAAUAAAAUGCCCUAAACUAGCAUCCAUUUCAAGAUCCAUCCGUGAAUAUGCUGCUACUUCGACUGAUGCAAAUCUACUACCUCAAGGCAUACCAGAAAUCUUCACCAGUUUAGAGGAGUUGUUUAUAAGAGACUGCAUUAGUCUACAAUCUAUACCAACUUUACAGGGCCUCACAUCCCUCCGCCAGCUGGAGAUUUCUAAUUGUGGAAAUGUAGAAUGUCUGCCGGCAGGGCUCCACUGCCUCAUAGGUUUGAAGGAAUUGCGAAUCGGUGGAUUCUGCAAGGAGCUUGAUUUCUUCCCCGAUUUUCAGGUUCCAUCACAACUUGAAAAAUUAGAGCUAUCUGGAUGGCCUAAGCUCAAGUCUCUGCCUCACCAGAUUCAAAACUUCAGUAGUUCACUAACAUCUUUGGUUAUUAUAUCCUUCAACGGAGUGGAGUCAUUCCCAGAGUGGUUGGGAAACCUUGCAUCUCUUGAGUACUUGCUCAUUAAAAGUUGUGAGAAAUUGAUGUAUCUACCUACACUUGAAGCUAUGCGAUGCCUCACCACAUUAAGAGAUCUAGUAAUUCAAGAUUGUCCCCUUCUAAAAGAAAAUUGUGCAAAGGAAAGCGGACCAGAAUGGCCAAAGAUUUCUCACAUUCCCCACAUCUCAGGAACCUGAGAUAGACCAUCGGAGCUAUUGAGUGCCUCAACAAACUACCGCGGAUGGUUCCGAAACUUCAGUAGUUCACUAACAUCUUUGGUUUUUUUUUUUUUGGUGAAAAACAUCUUUGGUUAUUGAAUCCUUUGAAGGAGUGGAGUUUUUCACAUAGUGGUUGGGAAACCUUGCAUGUCUCAAGUCCCUGUUCAUUAAAAGUUGUGAGAAGUUGAUGUAUCCACCUACACUCGAAGCUAUCGGCUGCCUUGCCACAGUAAGAGAUCUAGUAAUUCAAGAUUUUGCCCUUCUCCUUUGCAAUGAAAUCUGGUGUUACUGUUUUUGAACAUUUUGUUUUUAACAUUAAAAAAUCUGGUGUUACUAGUG